CAUAGAUCUUUAUGCUUAACAUUAUCAAUGUUUAAUAUUCAGAAAGGAGGUCUACUUACCAAAGCCAUUGGCUAUUUUUUAUUAUGCACUAGAAAAUACAGAGGAAACGGAAAAACAUGUCAAGAAAGUGGAAGCAUCUGCAUCAAGAAAUAGAAGAUGACCUGGAAGACCACAACUGUUAUAACGAAACUGGUAGAGUAACAGAGAGAGACAAACAUCUUCUGUUUACCUGUGUUAAGGAAGAGAAUGUGUCACAGUUACGGCGCUUCCUCGAUCGUGGUUUGAAUACAGACAUAACAAAUGUCAACAAGCAAACACCACUGCAUAUAGCUGCUGGUCUCAGGCCCUCUGAUGUAAGUAAAGAGAUCCUUUAUUUGUUGAUCAGUUUUGGCUGUGCUGUGGAUUCCCAGGACAGGUUUGGUGAAACAGCAUUACAUGUUGCAAGUGAGGUGUCAGCAGCUAGUGUGCAGAUGCUUCUUGAUGCUGGCUGUAAAGUCAAUAUCCAGGAUAAUGCAGGGAGAACACCAUUAAUGAUAGGAUGUCGUAGUUCAUCAGCGGAGGUGUUAAACAUUGUACAGUUCUUACUGGACAGAGGAGCAAAUAUAUCUGUGAAAGACGCAGAUGGUCAAACAGCUUUGCACAAAGCCUGUACAAAUACUGGAGACGAGAAGACUGAGUUGAUCUACAUGUUGCUGUAUGCUGGAGCUGAUGUUAACGCUGCUGAUAAAUUAGGAUGUACUCCAGCAGAUAUAUAUUUACUGUCCCCAGCUAUAAGUGAACAUAAUUCCCACAGUGCGGAACAGCAGACACUUGAUAUAAGACCACUUGUGCGAGGUGGAGCCAAGUUCUUAGAGACUCACCAUAUAACUCGGGAACUAAUAAAUUCCUAUGGUGUAUUUUUACCUGUAAAACAUAGAGUAAAUGUACUGUCACAUUUAAUUCAUAUAUGUGAACCUGUAUGUAGAAUAUCCAGUGUGAAAAAAGUAAAACAUUUUAUUGAAUGUUUAGAAAACCCCACUGAAGAAACCAAUAAAAAUAUAAAAACUUUGAAAAACAGACUACAGACAGUAAGAACAUUAAAAUCACUUUGCAGAAUCAUAGUGAGGGAUUCACUGCAGAAUAGAAUAUUCUUAAAUACUGAUAAACUUAAAUUACCCAUUCAUCUAGAAAAAUAUAUUCAAUAUAGUGAAUGUGUUUGAUAAGUUGCUGUUACAUCACCAUGACAACCAGGAGAUGAAUCUGUCUGGAGACCGACAGCUUACCUGUCAAUCAAAAUGUCAAAUGUCACACAUUACCUGUGAAAGAAACAUUUAAAUUGUCAGCUCAAUUAGUCAUAGUAUCAAAUCUUUCUGUUUUACUGCAGUAACAAUCACAGCUAUUGUUUUUCAUGGGGAGUUUGAAUUUAUAUAAUGUAUGUUGUGCAGAGGUUGAGCUAACUUGACACCGCUGAUGACUUUAUUUAGAAGUGUAAAUCAAUAUUUGUUUGUGCAGAGGCAGCACAAUUUUAUUGUCAUAAAACAAUAUGAACUUAUAGUACCUACUGAGAAAAAUUAACUAGAAUGAUUUACAUUAAUGUGUUUUUGCUUGACUAUUUGAAGAACAGGUAAAGCUAUUACACUCAAACAUUUGUCUGUUUCUGCAUCAGUUUGUUUGCGUCCACAUCCCAGUUUGGUUAAAUUUUGCAGUAAGCUAGUAUCUUGGUGACCACUGAGGUGGGAAUAGAUUGAGAUAUCACACACUCAUUCAUUGUGCUGAACUGACUUCCAGUGCACAGAUUCCGUAACUAUUUUGCGUUAUUACAAAACUAUGCUCAUGUUUUGACUUUUAUAUCCAUUCAGAAUCCAGGAACACUGAUUAGGUUAAUUGCCUGCCAUUAGAUAACUGAAAUACUGUUGAAAAAUGGUGCUAAAGCCAAAACAAAAUUCAGAUACAGUUUUGAAAUAUGUUAUAAAAGAAGUAAUACUUUUACAGUUAUUUAUAUUAGCCUAAAUAAAUCACCAGUACCAUAGUUAAGUCUUGACCUUGAAUUUUACAGUGAAAAAUAUAUUUAGGUAUUGUAGAAAUGUUUUAACUUGAUAUAGUCUGUAUGGUGUUAUUAUUAGCUCACCUGUCACAAAGUGACAAGGUGAGCUUUUGUGAUCACGCGGUGUCGUCCGUCGUCCGUGCGUGCGUCCGUAAACUUUUCCAUGUGACAUCUCUAGAGGUCACAUUUUUCAUGGGAUCUUUAUGAAAAUGGGUCAGAAUGUUCAUCUUGGUAAAUUCUAGGUCAAGUUCGAAACUGGGUCACGUGCGGUCAAAAACUAGGUCAGUAGGUCUAAAAAUAGAAAAACCUUGUGACAUCUCUAGAGGCCAUAAUUUUCAAUGGAUCUUCAUGAAAAUUGGUCAGAAUGUUCACCUAGAUGAUAUCUAGGUCAAGUUCGAAACUGGGUCACGUGCGGUCAAAAACUAGGUCAUUAGGUCUAAAAAUAGAAAAACCUUGUGACCUCUCUAGAGGCCAUAAUUUUCAAUGGAUCUUCAUGAAAAUUGGUCAGAAUGUUCACCUUGAUGAUAUCUAGAUCAAGUUCGAAACUGGGUCACGUGGGGUCAAAAACUAGGUCAUUAGGUCUAAAAAUAGAAAAACCUUGUGACCUCUCUAGAGGCCAUAUUUCUCAAUGGAUCUUCAUGAAAAUUGGUCAGAAUGUUCACCUUGAUGAUAUCUAGGUCAAGUUCGAAACUGGGUCACGUAGGGUUAAAAACUAGGUCAGUAGAUUUAAAAAUAGAAAAACCUUGUGACCUCUCUAGAGGCCAUAUUUUUCAUGAGAUCUUCAUGAAUAUUGGACAGAAUGUUCACCUUGAUGAUAUCUAGGUCAAGUUCGAAACUGGGUCAUGUGGGGUCAAAAACUAGGUCAGUAGGUCUAAAAAUAGAAAAACCUUGUGACCUCUCUAGAGGCCAUAUUUCUCAAUGGAUCUUCAUGAAAAUUGGUCAGAAUGUACACCUUGAUGAUAUCUAGGUAAAGUUCGAAACUGGGUCACGUGUGGUCAAAAACUAGGUCAGUAGGUCUAAAAAUAGAAAAACCUAGUGACCUCUCUAGAGGCCAUAUUUUUCAAUGGAUCUUCAUGAAAAUUAGUCAGAAUGUUUACCUUGAUGAUAUCUAAGUCAGGUUCGAAACUGGAUCACGUGGGGUUAAAAACUAGGUCAGUAGAUCUAAAAAUAGAAAAACCUUGUGACCUCUCUAGAGGCCAUAUUUUUCAUGAGAUCUUCAUGAAUAUUGGUCAGAAUGUUCACCUUGAUGAUAUCUAGGUCAAGUUUGAAACUGGGUCAGGUGGGGUCAAAAACUAGGUCAGUAGGUCUAAAAAUAGAAAAACCUUGUGACCUCUCUAGAGGCCAUAUUUCUCAAUGGAUCUUCAUGAAAAUUGGUGAGAAUGUUCAGCUUGAUGAUAUCUAGGUCAGGGUCGUAACUGGGUCAUGUGCGGUCAAAAAAUAGGUCAGUAGGUCGAAAAAUAGAAAACCUUGUGACCUCUCUAGAGGCCAUAUUUUUCACGAGAUCUUCAUGAAAAUUGGUGAGAAUGUUGACCUUGAUGAUAUCUAGGUCAAGUUUAAAAGUGGGUCAUGUGCCUUCAAAAACUAGGUCAUUAGGUCAAAUAAUAGAAAAACCUUGUGACCUCUCUAGAGGCCAUAUUUUUCAAUGGAUCUUCAUGAAAAUUGGUCAGAAUUUUUUAUCUUGAUGAUAUCUAGGUCACAUGUGCUCAAAAACUAGGUCACUAUGUCAAAUAAUAGAAAUAACGACGUCAUACUCAGUUCAACACUGGGUCAUGUGGGGAUAGGUGAGCGAUUCAGGACCAUCAUGGUCCUCUUGUUUUAUGAUGAUGUUAUUAUCUUGUAAUAACAUCUUUGAUAUUACUGUUUUAUGAUACUGUCUGUGAUGUAAUUGCUUAAGAGCGCAUUAAAAUUUCGACUGUCCA